CCUGCACCUGAGACCCUAUCUAUAAAAGCCCACUCGCCAGCGGAUCUGACGAUCUUCCUCGCAACCGUCACUGACCCCACCACCGCCUUAUUUAUCUGGCAGAACAACACCGCCCAGAUACUCGAGCAUCGAAACAAAGAUGGAUUCCAUUCGGAUGCCUCCACCACCUCGUCGGCAGAUACUUAUCAGCUCAUUGGCCUUGGCAUGAGUGGCACUCCAAACCUCCCAUAUUUGCCUGGAGGGCCCAAGCGAACGCAUACACCUCACGAGAUGUCCGAAGAAUCCGACGGCUUUACUCGCGCCGCCUGGAACGAACACUUUCACCCCCCUCAACCUCAGCCUCAGCCUCAGCCUCAGCAUCAAUCCGUUCAGUUGCCACGCUUUCCCGGGGAUGGAUUCGACUACCGGAGGCCCGCCAGACCCACGAACAACCCAGAGUUCGUUGACUUGACUCGUGAAUCAGAAAGUCCUCCUCAAACUCGAUCAGUGGACCUCACUCUGUCCACGCCACCCCAAUCCCGCACAAGCUUGCGGUUUCCUCAGGACAUACUUCAUGUACCCCGAACUAAUGCGCAGCGGGAGGUGAUCGACGUUGACGCCGAACCAAGCAGUGAUAUUGCAGACGCUUUGUCAAGCAGUCCUGAUGUCCAGUUUGUUGGGGCUACCACCAGACCCAGGCCGCUCGAACCCAGGCCUUACAACGAUAUAUGGUCUCAUAUGAGUCGGAUGGCGGCGAGACCCGAGCCACCGCAAGGACGAUCAACAAGACACUGGUAUCCUGGGAGUCGAUAUGCGGAUGGAGAAGAGUUUCAGCCAAUGUCCAUCGGGGACUUUCUGCCCGUAGGACUUGACUAUGGGCUCACUGGUUUUUCAAUCACACCUUCAUUCCCCGCCCCUACAUCUCAGGAAAGUUCCAGAGGAUCAUCCCGAGCAGAAGCAUACAAAUCACCAGAUCCGGCCCCGGAAGGUUUCACCCGCACGCUUUCAGAUUAUGAUGUGGCCAUUUGCCCUAACUGCCAUGAAGAGUUGGGGGUUGGCGAGGGACCUAAAGGGCAGAUCUACGUUUCCAAGAAAUGCGGACAUGUUUAUUGUGGCGAAUGCGCUGAGAAUCGGUCGAAAUCAAAGGCCAAAAGGUCAGGUUCUCAGUCCAAACCAUUUUCAAAGUGCCAGAUCGCAGGCUGCGAGACAUCUUUGAGCAGUCCAACUGCUUUAUUCCAUCUCUUCCUCUGA